AUGAUUAUGUCAUUUUAAUGCUAAAAACUAUUGUUUUCUGGGACAUAGCUUCUGCAGAGUGGCAGGAAUUCAUUAGAAUUUUGCACUGUGGGUGCAGGGUAAGCCUGACCCUACUUCCCAACAUCCAUGUGUUAAACUCUCCCUCUAGUUUACAUCCCCUCACAACCCCAACUGAACAUCACGGAUGCAACAAAAGUGGUGAAACUAUAAGUGUCAGCUAGAUGUCAACUCAGACGAGAUAAAUGAAGACGUUCAUGGAUCUAUUCAUCUGCUAGUGGAGGCAUCAUUGGUCCAACUGUAGCUUCUACAAGCUUUUUCCAACAGGAUUUUUGCGUCUGCUCCCGAUUCACAACAAUUUGAAUAAAGAAAUAAUCCGAAAAUACAUUUUAAGCUUUACAUUUCUUUAUGCAUCUCCUCCAUUAUGAAAGCAACAAGUAAAAUUCUCACAUCAGGGCACUCAUGGAUUUGAAUACAACAUCAGUCACGCAACCCAGUGACUGACAGCACCCCCACUCAACAGUCUAAAAACAAAACUAAAAGCACCAACGAAAGGACAUGUAGGUGGAGAGCCGAAGGCAAAGGGAGGUGCUGAAGGAGAGAAUUGGGAUGUGCAGACUGUCUUCGAAAGCAUAUUUAAAGGGGUUUUCUCAUUCUUCCAGAAACCAUAGACACUAACCUUUAGAAGAUGGAUUCCAAGACUUCUCGGUACGUUAUGCCAAAGGGAAGAAAGAUCUUCACCACCUUUCCUGACGUACUCUUCCUCCUCGAGUUUAGUCUUGGGGUCGCGUUGUGUGUCAUGCUUAUUAUUUCUGAAGCUGAAGUCGACGCUUUUGCGCUGUCUGUGUCCGUCUUCUGCUGUGUUGGGACAUCCGCUUGGUUCUUCAUCUUCUUCUGUGGUCACAAUCAGAAACCCUUUUGGCCAGCUCUGGAUUUGGCUUUCCAUGUGUUUUUAACAAUUUUGUACAUGAUUCCAUCAGUGAUUGUGACCUACUUGACCAUUAUGGGUUGGUGGAUCCUUUCCAAGUUUGGUUUCUCAGGCGGAAUGGGCGUAAACGUCAUUGCUGUCAUGUCCGUAGGAGCUACUCUUCUUUACUUCAUCCAUGCCAUCUUUUCUGCUAUUCGAUGGAAGAGACACCCCAUAAUAAGCGACACUGUUUAAGAAAAAGAAAGACUACGUCUUAAAACCAGAUGUUUUUGUAAAAUUACAAUAACUGUUUGUGUUUUACCACUUUCUUUCUUUCUUUCUUUCUUAAAUACAUUUGGACAUGUGUGCCAAAGCUGAAAAUCUUCACUUCGGGAUACUUUAUUGUGCAUGUAAUAGACUGGGACAAAUAUAGUAGAUGUAAACACCUCAUUGUAAUUAAGAAAAUAAAGUUUGUUGUGUCUUGUUGA